AUGUCCGAAAACCCGCAACCAUCAGAUCAUGUAGGAGACAUUGAGGUUGAUGACGAUGUCUUCAGCGAGUCUGACUCUGCCUUUCAAGGCUCCAUUGGAGAUGCAAGCUAUACAUCAUCUAUCUCAUCUAGUGUGAGGAAUUAUAAAUACGAGAAUGGCCGAAGAUAUCACGCGUUCAAGGAGGGCUCACAUCUCUUGCCCAACGACGAAAGCGAACAAGCCCGGAUGGACCUCGCUCAUCAUAUUUAUCUCAUGAUAACCGGCGGAAAACUGCAUCUGUCCCCCAUCAGCAAUCCACAACGAGUGCUUGAUCUCGGCACUGGGACAGGUAUAUGGGCAAUUGACUUUGCAGACGAGUAUCCGAAUGCCCAUAUACUAGGUAGCAGCCAGCCAGAGUACACUAACCCCAAGAUUGGACACGAAAACAGGGUCCCACCAAACCUCCAAUUUGAAGUCGACGACUUCGAAAGCGAAUGGUCCUACUCGCAGAAAUUCGACUUCAUCCACGGCCGCGAAAUGGAAGGUAUGGUGCAAGACUUUGACCGCCUCUUCAAGCAAACAUACCAAAACCUCACUCCAGGCGGCUGGGCCGAAUUCUCCAGCAUCGAACUCAACACCUUUUGCGACGACGAAACCCGGCAAAAGGCCGCGGUGUGGACGCGCUGGUCAGAGAAUCUGCAUCGCGCGGCUUGCACGUUUGGCAAGAAUAUGCGCACUGUGCGGACUUGGGAGGAUAGGUUGAGGGCGGUUGGGUUUCGGAAUGUGCAGAGUGCUGUGUUUCCGCUACCAUUCAGCCCCUGGCCUAAAGACCCCAAACUCAAAGCCCUCGGUCGCUACCAGCAACUGCACAUGUUUGAAGGCAUUCCCUCUUACAGUCUGCGACUCUAUACCAGUGUCCUCAACUGGCCCAAGGACAAAGUCGAGGCGCUGCUGGCCGAAGUGCAAAAUAUCUUGAAAGAUCGGUCCUGUCAUCUGUAUACUUUGGUGCAUUUUGUUUAUGGUCAGAAACCGGACGAAUGA